CCUCGCGCUCGUCAUCCGUUGCCUCCUCAUUCCUUCUCUCUCGAUCGCGCGCGCUCCUCUGCUCUCCUCGCUCCUCGUCGCUAACACAAGAUCAUGCAGACGCCUACCACACGCAAGCUCGCCAUGAACGAGACCACCGGCCACGGUGGCCACGGCGACCACGACGCGCGGCUGAUCCGCGACCUCUGCACGCUGCUCGUCACCAUCAUCGCCCCCGUCGCGGCGGCGUCGGCUCCGCCGGACACGCGCAGGCCCGUUGCCCCCGGGCGCCCGCUGGGCGGCAUGUCGCCGGCGGCCGCGGCCUCGAUGCUCCUCGGCGCGUCCAUGGCGCUCAUGCUCUGCGGCUCGGUCACCUUCGCCAUCGGCUUCCUCCUCAUGCCCUGGGUCGCCGGCGUCGCCCUGCUCUUCGGCUUCGCGGGCGUCGUCUCCACCCUAUCCUCCGGCCUCCUCCCCUCCCCCACCAAGCUGCAACCGUUGGCUGCCCCACCGCCGCAGACGCAAGGCCGGAUCCGCCCGUCUCCGGUCAGCCCUCGCCCUGCUACGGAUAAGCUCGUGGCGUGGCGCUGAUCUGGUCACUGAAUCCACUACGGAGGUAGUACUUAAUUAGUUUUUAUUACUUACUCUUUCUUUAGGCCGGGUUAUCCAUCCCCGUGUGAAAAAUUGCUCCGCCUUUUUGUUGUUGUAAUGUUUCAUUCGCUCAAAAAAAGUCGCAACAGAUACUGAUUAGGAGAUCGAGUACUACCGACGGAAGCAAACGAUUGUGAUUUGUUUCGUUUCUUUCCGUCACACAAGAGUGUUAUGUACGUGCAGCAACGUAACUGAGGGCAACGUGCCCGGCCUGCUUCUUUCGAUAACCCGAAAUAAACUGCGACAUCUGUCUGGCUCGGAAUUUUUGCA